UGUGGCAAAUGUGGAGUGGAAGUUGUUCGCUGUGCCAAUAAUCUAUUGCCCCAAAAGAUAAAUCGCCCUCCUAGUUUGACCGAACAUCAAACAGUUGCAAGUAGAACGUAUCCGGUGCAGUGAAAGUAACAUUUACCGACGGUGCAUUUAUACUUGAAGAGCUACGCGUGGUGAUACUGCAGUCUCGAAUUUCCUAAUCACCACGUGUUUUUGCGCAAUUCUCAAGAAGUUUUUAGCAAACCAGAAACAAGGAACCGAAACCGAACCGGAGUAAACUAAUCCCACCGCGGGCUAAGCAAUGGAGAACGGAACUUCCAACAAUCUGCAGGAUGGACUUUCGUGCGAGGAGCUGUUCAAGACGAGCGAUGGACUGACGUACAAUGACUUCAUCAUCCUGCCCGGUUUCAUCGAUUUUAUUGCCGAAGAAGUGGAUCUAUCAUCGCCGUUGACGAAGAAAAUCAUGCUGAAGGCACCACUUGUAUCCUCUCCCAUGGACACGGUUACCGAAGCCGAAAUGGCAAUCUCGAUGGCGCUGUGUGGCGGUAUCGGCAUUAUCCAUCACAAUUGCACUCCCGAGUACCAGGCGAACGAGGUUCAUAAGGUGAAAAAGUACAAGCAUGGCUUCAUCCGUGACCCACUCGUGAUGGGUCCGGAAAAUACGGUGGCCGACGUGCUGGAGGCCAAACGCAAGAAUGGCUUCACCGGGUAUCCGAUCACGGAGAAUGGCAAAAUCGGUACACGACUGGUCGGUAUCGUUACGUCACGCGAUAUCGACUUCCGCGAGCACGACGUGGACAUCAAGCUGAAGGACAUUAUGACGAAGCUGGAUGACCUGAUAACGGCACCGAACGGUGUAACGCUGCAGGAAGCGAACAGCAUUAUGGAGAAAAGCAAAAAGGGCAAGCUACCGAUCGUGAAUAAGACCGGUGAGCUGGUAGCGUUGAUCGCUCGGACCGAUCUGAAAAAGGGACGUACCUAUCCAAACGCACUGAAGGACAGCAAUAAACAAUUGCUUGUGGGCGCAGCCAUCGGUACGCGCGAAGAAGACAAAGCCCGACUGGAGCUGCUGUACCAAAAUGGUGUGGACGUGAUCGUGUUGGAUUCGUCCCAGGGCAACUCGCUCUAUCAGAUCAAUAUGAUCAAGUUCAUCAAGGAGAAGUAUCCUUCGCUGCAGGUAAUUGCUGGCAACGUUGUGACGCGCCAGCAGGCGUACAAUCUCAUUACGGCCGGUUGCGAUGCAUUGCGCGUGGGCAUGGGUUCCGGUUCGAUCUGUAUCACGCAGGAAGUGAUGGCGUGCGGUUGCCCUCAGGCAACGGCCGUCUAUCAGGUGUGCAACCUUGCCCGCCAGUACGGUGUGCCGGUGAUAGCGGACGGUGGCAUACAGUCGAUCGGACACAUCGUGAAAGCCCUGUCGCUGGGUGCAUCGGCCGUGAUGAUGGGAUCGCUGCUGGCCGGCACUUCGGAGGCACCCGGCGAGUACUACUUCAGCGAUGGCGUACGUCUGAAGAAGUACCGCGGCAUGGGCAGCCUGGAAGCGAUGGAACGCAAGGAUGGUAAGGGUGCGGCCAGUUCCCGCUACUAUCACACGGAAAUAGAAAAGAUGCGUGUGGCGCAGGGUGUUAGUGGCAGCAUUGUCGAUAAGGGCUCUAUUCUGCGCUUUGUGCCGUACCUGUUGUGCGGUCUUCAGCACAGCUGCCAAGACAUUGGUGCCCGUUCCAUCACAAACCUAAGAAAAAUGAUCUACAACGGUGAGCUGCGUUUCAUGAAGCGUACCCACUCGGCCCAGCUGGAGGGCAACGUGCACGGUCUGUUCUCUUACGAGAAACGUCUGUUCUGAGAUCAACCCAACGCCCAGGAACAUCCGUGAGGGUCCCCGAGUCCCUUCCUAUCGUCCUAUCCAGUUUAAUAGAAUGCCGAAAAUAGCGGCAUUCGGUGGUUUCGAAACCCGACGAUACUUAACUAAGAAACACACGGAGCUUAAAUCUGCAGCUGAUGUCUCAGAUUGAUGCUCUGCCACUGUAAGCAUGAUUUGUAGAUCGUAAACUUAUAAAGUAAGAAUGAGGCAGACAAAAAUACGCAACAACAGGGCAACCAGAGAAAUGACCUCUUGCGUUCAACGCGUGCUAAAAUUCCUUUACCAAUAAUUUAAACGCCCUUGCGCAGAAGCACUAUUAUUUCCAUUGAUCAUUUAUUUGUAAGCAACCAAAACCUGCGCGUAAUAUGAAAACAAUCAAUCAAUAGGUGGGUGUGCCACCGGGGAAUUAUUUUAAGUUCCUUUAGUUUUGUGACAUUUAGUUCCGUUUCUGGUACUGCCACUGGCACCGCAAAGUAAAUGCUCGCCUUUUUCUCCAUGUUGGAGAAAGCACCUAAUGUAAACAAGCUGUGUUUAGUGAUGAUAGUUGCAAUUGAAUGAACAUCUAUUUCAAACGUACCGUCAUCAUGCUGUGUGCAGAAAAAACUUGAUGUAAAUUGAGCAACAACAACGAACGAUCGUGUUUCGCUGUAGAAAUGGUCCUUUUGCCUUCAGAAUGUGUAAAACACUUGUAGUCAGUUCGUACCGAGGGCUGUUUAGUUGGAAGAAAAAAAAAACUGUCACUAUGGAUCAAAAUAUGAUUAGUAUAAACGACACCAUUUGCAUUACACGUAACCUCUAUCCAAUGAAGGUACCUCCGUUAUCGAAAGACCGAAUACGCAUCAAUUGUACUGAUCACUCAAACACAGCAAAUCAACUUCUCAGAGCGUAUUUCGCGGAUAUUGCAACACCUUCACUAACAAAUUGAAACGGUAGAUUUUCUAAAAGCCUUUCGGUCGUCUAAAAACUAUGAAAUUAGGUGACCGUAUUCCUUUCGACCACGCUUGUAUAUGUUGCGUAUCCCAAGUGAGAAUUUAGGAAGAUUGUUAAAUGUCCAAAACAAUGGUGUUGUACGGUAAUAGUGCGAAAUACUUAAUGAGCUUUUGGGAGGUAAAAAACUGAGUGUCUAAUGUUAGUUCGGUACAAUCGGCAUUUGGAAUAUGUAAAAUAAAUAAACGUUAGAGAGCGGAAGCUACGAAUCAAAUGCUCUUCUGGGUAUUAA